AUGUCCGACGUCCCACCAACCGAGUCCAUUCCCAAACCAGAGGAACCUAAAGCACCACAAGGCUUCCCGAACUACCCUCCUCAGCCUAUGCCUUACUUUCCUAAUCCUUGGUUGUUCCAGCAAGCUCCACCCCAGCAAUUCCAAUUCCAAUUCCAAUCUCAAUCGAAGAGAGACCAAGACUUCGAAGAAGGUCUGAACCGUUUACGCAAAGAGUAUGCUACAGCUCCAAUGGAAGAUGACAGGCUUUCAGUCUCUUCCCUAAGGUCGACCAAUUCGACUCGUACCACAGAUUCGGUUCGUGACCGUGAAGAAUUUGGUACGCAAUUCCAGGUUCGUUGUUUUUGA